UGUAUUUUAUUUUAAUUUAAAUCAAAUCAUGUCAUGCCUUGUUUUUUCGUUAAUGGUUUUUAUAUUCUAAUGAAAUUAUUUCUUUAGGUCGAAGUAGAUCUGAGUAGAAAUUUUUUUCUUUGUUAAUAGUGUAGGACCUGCACGGUAGCCUGGAAUGUGCAACCGGUGCAGUUAGAAGUUACCUCCUCCAUGAGAACAGUGAACCACAUUUAACAUGAAGAGCCGUCUUUUUAUGGUAUCGUAAAUAUUUUCCGUGGAAACGCUCUUUUAUAUGGAAUUUCAAGAAGAAGAAAGAGAAGUCGUCCUCUCCAUCUACGAUGGGGAUCCGGCAUUUAACCAGGUCUCCCCUGUUACAUUUCAGUAUAAAUACGGAGAAGAAGGCCAAGCGAAAUCAUUCCUUCUCGAGCUGACCUGGGGCGAACAGUACCCAGAUGAGAAACCGACAUUAAACAUGGACAUUUUUUACAAUAGGCAUAUCAAAGAUGAAGUGAAAGCAAGGAUAGCUAAAUUUGUAUUAGAUGAGGCCGAACAGUUAAUAGGUUCUCCGAUGACAUAUUCGCUUUUUGAAUGUCUGAAGGAUAAAUUCGAAGAGCUUAUAGGAGAUGAAGACAUCAGCGGGAUCGGCGACGUCGUUAAUCACAACGAACCGUGUUCGGAGGGCGAAGAUAGCGAGCAUGAAGACGUCACAUCUUCGAGGAAAAAGAAAAAGGAACAACUGACAAAAGCGCAGAAAAGGAAACAAUGGGACAGGCUGGACUGUAAAGGCGAAAGGGCGAGAGGAUGGGAUUGGGUCGAUAUCAUUCAUCAUUUGUCUCAGUCAGGCUCAAAGAACUGUCCCAUUUCUGAAUCAUCUUAGCAU